CACCCCCCCAACGCCGCUGCUGUCCCAGUCAGUCCCCUGCCUCAGCUUCCUGAGGUGCAGGACGUGAGGCAGAAGGAAGCCUCCUUCCGGCCCGGGCCCCGGGAUGGGAUGAGGGGUGGUGGGGUGGGGUGGGAUGCGGGGAGAGCCGCUCGGCUCGCCUUCCCUCCUUUCCGGCCUACGUGCUCGCUCGCAGACACGAAACCCUGCCCCAGCGACUUCCGCUCCUCCAGAGGGCGGACCGGCCUCGACUCCACCCGGUGCUACGUGCCCAGCUCAGCACGCAGCAUGGCCGCCGCCCCAGGGCAGCAGCGAAGCCUUCCGCCCUCCCCGCGCAUCGCCUUCACUGCGCACGCGAGCCAGGGCCGCGGGGGGCUUCUCCCUGAAGGGGGCGGAGCCAGGGGGGGCCCUCGAACUGGCCAAUCAGAUGGCGGGGCCGCGCAGAAGGCUCCUCCCCUCCCUCCCCCGGGUCCCCCGCCCACUGCUCCGGGGCUCCUGGCUGCACGUGUCUGUGUUUGGGAUGAUGGCCUCAAGAAUUUGCUGGAGACAGGAGCAUCGGUCAACGCACCCCCAGAUCCCCAGGAGCAGUCGCCUGUUCACCUAGCUGCAGGUGGCGGCCUUGCUUGUUUUCUUCUCUGGCAGCUGCAAACAGGCGCUGACCUCAACCAACAGGAUGUUUUGGGAGAAACUCCACUCCAUAAGGCAGCCAAAGUUGGAAGCCUGGAGUGCCUUAGCCUCCUCGUGGCCAGUGAUGCCCAGAUUGGCUUAUGUAAUAAGAAUGGGCAAACAGCUGAAGAUCUUGCUUGGUCGUGUGGAUUUCCAGAAUGCGCCAGGUUUCUAACCACGGUUAAAUGUAUGCAGACAACAAAAUCAUCGGGUGAUCCCUGUGCUCCAGUACCGAGACAGAAGCGAAGCUUAUCAGGUGUGGAGAACAGAGCUUUGAAGAGGAAGUGUUGGUCUCUGUUCAAUGCCAGAAACCAUCCAUGACCAGCCUACUUAAAAAUGGCAUGAUCACUUUCUCAUGCCUGCCCUUUGUCCUGUCUAUCAACUCUCUCCUGACUUCAUGCUCUAAUUCCACAAAAGGCAGGUCCCACAGCUGAUAAACAUGCUGCUGCUGAGUAAAUGAUGACUGAAGGAAGGAAGAAAUAAAGGAAUACACAAACGAACAGAAGUAGGUUCUGUACAACGGAACACAGGAACAACACUUCCGUGGUUUUGUAGACCUGCCAUUGACUACAGCUGGUGUGUGUUAUCAAUGACUAAAAUGGGGACUGAUGCCAUAAGAUUCUUCCUGGCAGUAUAAUGCUAAAUAAAAAUGAACUUUUGACAAAGCA